AUGUUACGUGACACUCUCUUUCUCUUGCCAUCCGCAGGCUCCUGGAGGUCUGUCGCCCUAGUUGCGUCCAUGUCUGCACUGAUAUGCGGGAUGGUUGUCGUUGUGAUGCAAGCUAACCAAGAACAUCGAGAUGAAUCCAUGCUCAUGCAGGACGCGAAAGCUCCCAAAACUCCAGAGGUCUUCACAAGUGUUGAUGAGAAGCGGAUUCUUCAUGCCAUUGACAAAGCUGACACACACAAAGAAGUAGACUUUGAACGGCUUGUGGCAUCAUACCGAGAUUUGUAUGCGCGCGAGCAUCAGAACUUUGAAGAGGCAGCCCACGCGCGGAGUUCCAAGAUCAGGCACGACGAACCGUCGGACGCGGAAUCGAGGUCAAAAGUGUUUGACUCGCGGAAUGCAGCCAAGCUUCUUGGACAGGCAGCCAAGGCUGCUGUUGAACGUGAGCAGAAAUUUCAUGAGAGUGAGAGUGCAUACAAGAAGAGGCAGGACGAACGAUUCAAGCAACAUCAAAUGCAGUUGAAGAUGCACCAUGAGAAGGAGGAGAAGUUGCUGAAUCACCUGCUGGACUCAGAACAAGAGAUUGAAUCGAGUGCGAGACCAGAUGCUCAAGAUGCGAUCAAGCUGCUCGAUGCAGCAAAGGAUGGCGAGAAGGUCAGGCAGGGGCAGUACCAUGACCUCAUUCGCAAAUACCAGGAGGAAUCGAGGAGCGCGUCCAAGGCGUACGAAGACUUCCUGAAACUGCAAGCGAGCAACUCUUCGAAGGCUUUUGCGAUGUCUUCGCAGGAGAUCAAGGCUGACCUGAAAGCCAUGAGAAGCUUCAUCUACUCGUCAAAAGAUGCUUCGGAGGAUGAAAAGAAGGCCGUCCAGGCGUCUCAACAGAAGGAACGCGACUUUGAGAAGAGAGUGAAGAAUUUGGCAAGCAAAGAUCAGGAGGAAGAAGCAGAGUUCAUGAGGUUUCGGAAGGUGAAGAACAUGCUGCGGAGUCGUAUCGAUCAUGCCCUGUCUGAGCUGGAAGCUCCCGCAAGGAAUGAGCAUCUGGGAUCUCUCUCGGAAAAGAAGAGCGAGGAGAAGGCGCACAACUUGGAGGAUCGACGAAGCGAUCAAGGAGCGUGA